ACGCACUCCUUACAAUUGUCUCCUGUCAUCUCCGACUCACCAAUUGCCCCAAUUGGCGCUGGUUUGCGAAAUCCCCAAUCUUCUUCAGCGGGGAAGUGCAGCGGGUCUUCUUCAAUUGGAGAAGGGCAGCGAGGGGAAAACGAAAAGUUUAACCUCCCUUUACCGCCGAUUCGGCGUAGGAGGGUUUAGGCCGGCCACGAGCACCGGAGUUUUCCUGCUUUCAGUUCUACCAAGCCGUUCAGCUGAGUCUCUAACCCUCCUCUUUCUUUAUAGAUGUAUUUGAUUUCAAGGUUGGUUAGGCAUCUGAGCUCGAAAACCAAUGCGCGCUCAGAUUUCUACCAAAACAGCGCCAUUAGGAAAAUCAUUGACGAUUUCAUCGCCAUGCCAUCAUCUAAACACCCAUUUCCUGCUCUACCCCCGUCUGAAAAGCAUAAAGCUGUUUAUCUCUCUAAGGUUGACCUCUAUGCUCUCCUUAAGCAGACACCAGGACACCUCAAAGAUUUAGUCUUUGAAUUUCUGACAGAAAAGAAUGUUAUGGUCGACUACAAUGACUAUACUCAUAGGCUUGAGUCGUAGGUGUUGGUACAAUACCCACCGAAGUGCUUCUUUGAACCUAUUAGUGAUGACUAUGAGGUGGUUUUGUACACAGAUGCGUCUGCCAGUGAGAGCGGCUCUAGUGUUUUUUUAUAGGGGCUGUUAUUCUGAAUCAUGUUCAUGGCUUGGGAUGGAUGGAACAGAACUUAUCCCAGCAGAUUACGGCGAAGAACAUACAUGAAGCCGAAUCUUUGGCCUCCAAAUUUAGCCUCCAGUCUCUAAUGAACCAAAACAUGAACAACUUAAAAGUUCUACAUUUGUCUGAUUCUGAGACUCACAUUCGACGUCUUAAGAAGUUUGCCGUUACUGCCGAUUUAGCACUUUUUACGUUCUGGAGUGACAUUUUCGAUAUUAUGCGGCAGUUCCGACACUUGACGUGCGAAGCCAUCUACCGGGAGGGCAAUUUGGCUCAUUACCCGGCGAAUGUACAUAGGUUGGAGGCAAAUUUAGGCCUCGAUGGUGAAGAUGGCAAUCUUAUUAGAAAACGGGAUAUCUUAAAGCUUACCUAUGAGGAUUUAGUUGAUAAAUCUCUAAGAGGAGAUCCGUAUUUUGUUUUCAGGUAUAAGGGUAUUGAUCCGCUCAUCCCCCCAACAAAAGGAGAAGCGGUUAGUGUUAAAACGAUUUUUGAUUACUAUGAAAUUUUGGAAUGAUGAUCUAUAUGCUAAUAUCUUUCUAUCCCAACGGUGGGUUUCAUAUAAAAAUAAUCCGAGUGAGAGAAAUCAAUAUUAUACUAGUAU